AUGUACUACAGCAAGGGCAACUACGAGGCUUUUGCUCGUCCUCUCAAGCCUGAGGGCAUCGAGAAGAAGAAGGCCUGGAUUGUUGGCUCUGGACUGUCUGGUCUCUCCACAGCCGCAUUCCUUGUCCGAGACGCUCAGAUGCCAGGCAAGAACAUCACCAUCCUUGAAGAGCUCAACAUCUCUGGCGGUGCCCUAGACGGAAUUCAUGAUUCUGAGAAGGGGUUCGUCAUGCGAGGUGGUCGAGAGAUGGAGUCUCACUUUGAGUGUCUUUGGGACCUCUUCCGAUCUGUUCCAUCCCUUGAAGAAAACGAAGCCAGUGUUCUCGACGAAUUCUACUGGCUCAACAAGAGAGAUCCCAACUUUUCCCUUCAGCGAGCCACCAUCAAGCAAGGUCAAGACGCUGAGACCGGCAAGCUCUUUACCCUCAGCGAAAAGGCACAGGCCGAGGUGACCAAGUUGUUCUUGGCCACGCGAAAGGAGGUUGAAAAUGUGAGAAUCGAUCAAGUCUUUAGCCAAGAAUUCUUCGAGAGCAACUUCUGGAUGUACUGGCAGACCAUGUUUGCCUUUCAGACCUGGCAUUCGGCUUUGGAGAUGAAGCUGUAUCUGCACCGAUUCGUCAACCACAUUCGUGGCAUGCCCGACUUUUCAACCUUGAAGUUCACGAGGUACAACCAGUAUGAGUCUCUGGUCGUGCCGCUGCAUACGUGGCUUGAGGAGAAGGGCGUUGUGUUCCAGUACAGCACCGAAGUUCAGGAUGUCGACUUUGACAUCAAAGAGGAUAAGAAGACGGCCACUUACAUCCAUUGGAUCAAGGAUGGAGAAAAGUCCGGCCAAGCUCUGAGCCCUGAUGAUUUGGUCUUCAUGACCAUUGGAUCUCUAACUGAAAACACGGGCUAUGGAGAUCACCAUACUGUUCCUAAGCUCCACGAGGGCCCAGCUCCAGCAUGGGAUCUGUGGCGCCGCAUCGCUGCCAAGGAUCCCGCCUUUGGACGUCCUGAGGUCUUUUGCGGAGACAUCAAGGCCACAAAGUGGGAGUCGGCCACGUUCCAGACUCUGGAUGGUCGUAUCCCCGAGUACAUCCAAAAGGUGUGCAAGCGGGAUCCCCUCAGUGGUAAGGUCGUCACUGGAGGUAUUGUCACUGUUCGUGACUCGAGCUGGAUCAUGAGCUGGACCGUGAAUCGACAGCCUCACUUCAAGAACCAACCCAAGGGUUCGGUUGUCGGCUGGAUCUAUGGUCUGCUCGUCGAAAAGGAGGGAGACUAUGUCAAGAAGCCCAUGCAGGAAUGCACCGGAGAAGAGAUUGUCCAGGAGUGGCUAUACCAUCUUGGUGUACCAACCAGCGAGAUCGCUACUCUGGCUGCUGACGCUGUCAAGUGUGUCCCUACGAUGAUGCCAUACAUCACCGCCUUCUUCAUGCCACGACAGGCUGGAGAUCGUCCUGACGUUGUUCCAGCUGGCUCACAGAACUUUGCCUUUAUCGGACAGUUCGCCGAGACGACCCGUGACUGCAUCUUCACGACCGAGUAUGCUGUGCGUACGGGAAUGGAGUCUGUCUACCAGCUCACCGGCGUUGACCGCGCUGUUCCAGAGGUGUUUGGCUCGACGUACGAUGUCAGAGUCUUGCUGGAUGCCAUGUCUCAGUUGAGAGAUGGUAAGGAGUUGGCGCCCUGGCUGCCAGAGCGCAUUCGUGCGUUCCUGAUGUCCAAGUUGCAAGGAUCUCAGAUUGGACAGAUGCUGCACGAGUAUCAUUUGGUCUAA